CUCUUCUGCCGGGCGGAAGUGGGCGGAGCGGAGAGGGAAAACAGCGCUCCUUUCCGGUGCAGGGGCACAGUUGGAGAAGCAACGAAAGAGCGAGGAGUCGUUUUUCAGGAUGACGCGGCAUGGCAAGAACUGCACGGCGGGGGCCGUCUACACCUACCACGAGAAGAAGAAGGACACAGCGGCCUCAGGUUAUGGGACCCAGAACAUUCGACUGAGCCGGGAUGCCGUCAAGGACUUUGACUGCUGCUGCCUCUCUCUGCAGCCCUGCCACGACCCCGUUGUCACGCCGGAUGGCUACCUGUAUGACCGGGAGGCGAUCCUGGAGUAUAUUCUGCACCAGAAGAAGGAGGUCGCCCGGCAGAUGAAGGUGACCGCAGGCCUACGAGAAGCAGCGGGGCGCCCGGCGGGAGGAGCAGAAAGAGCUGCAGCGGGCGGCGGCGCAGGACCAGGUGCGGGGCUUCCUGGAGAAGGAGGCGGCCAUCGUGAGCCGGCCCCUCAACCCCUUCACGCCCAAGGCCGCCUCGGGGACCGGCCCAGACGAUGCCCGAGCCGGGCCCAGCGCGGGCCCCGCAGGCAAGGACAAAGACACAGCGCUGCCCAGCUUCUGGAUCCCGUCGCUGACCCCCGAGGCCAAGGCCACCAAGCUGGAGAAGCCGUCGCGCACCGUGACCUGCCCGAUGUCGGGGAAGCCGCUGCGCAUGUCGGACCUGACGCCCGUGCGCUUCACGCCCCUCGACGGCUCCGUGGAUCGCGUGGGGCUCAUCACGCGCAGCGAGCGCUACGUGUGCGCCGUGACCCGCGACAGCCUGAGCAACGCAACGCCGUGCGCCGUGCUGCGGCCCUCUGGGGCCGUGGUCACCCUCGAGUGCGUGGAGAAGCUCAUUCGGAAGGACAUGGUGGACCCGGUGAACGGGGAGAAGCUCACGGACCGCGACAUCAUCGUGCUGCAGCGGGGCGGCACCGGCUUCGCGGGCUCUGGAGUGAAGCUGCAGGCAGAAAAGUCCAGACCGGUGAUGCAGGCCUGAGUGCGGGGGACCAAAUAAACGGGCUGGGACGCGACCGGCCGUGUGGCGCCUUCCUUCGCCGCCCUGAGCCCCGGGGACGCGGCGGGCGCGGAGCCGGGCCGCGCAGGCAGCGCUGGGGUGCGAGUUAGAAAUUGUGGGCUAAGACUGUUUGACGAGGUCUCAGGUUAAGAGUAAAAUCCAAUUGGACG